UCUGUCGCCCAUGCGGGCGGGGCCUGUCGCUAAGGGCGGGGCUCUGGUCGCUGGGGGGGCGAGGCGCGCCCACAGCCCGAGGGGAGUGGCUCAGCCGCACGCCCCGCCCCACCCCUCGCCGCCACUUCCGCUUCCGCCGCCGCGCCCGGAAGUGCUGUUCGCCGCCGCCGCCGCCGCCGCCAUGGCCUCAAGGUUACUGCGGGUGAGCGCGGCCCUGCGGCUGCUGCCCGCCGCCUCCGCCCGCGCUGCGCCCGCCCGCUGCCUCGCCGUCCCCGGUGGCCUCGCCAGCGAUGAGGAGCAGGCGACGGGGCUGGAGCGGAAGGUGCUGGAGGCCAUGAACAAGGGCCUGGACCCCUACAGCAUGUUCCGACCGAAGCGCUAUGCGGGGACCAAGGAGGACCCCAACCUCGUCCCCUCCAUCAGCAACAAGCGCAUCGUGGGCUGCGUCUGCGAAGAGGACAACAGCUGCGUCGUCUGGUUCUGGCUGCACCAGGGGGAGGCCCAGCGCUGCCCCUCCUGCGGUGCCCACUACAAGCUGAUCCCCCAUGAGCUGCCCCACUGAGGCCCCCAUGGCUUGGGGAGGGGGAGUUGGGGGGGGCUGCACCGACACCCCCCCUCCCCUCCCUGGCACCCAUGGGUGACGCCGACCCUCCCAGCACCCAGUGGGCGUCUUCUGGGCCGAGCUGAGCCACCCCCCCCCCUCCCCCCCGCCGUGUGUGCCCCCCCUAUAAAGAGUUUGUGUGUGGA